GGUGGAGCCUGAGCUUCGCGCUCCUGCCUGGGAGAAACCCUACGCGGUGCCCUGGCUCCUCCUGUCCAGCAGGGGGCGGGGGCCCGGCCGCUCCCGCAUGCGCAGUGCGCUCGGUGUCAGACGACGCCAACCCCGUCGCUGGCGCCGCUCUCCCUGCUCGCUCGCGCAGACCCGGCGCUGGCGGCCGGCGACUCGGCGCGAUUCCUCCCGGGCGGCCGUGGCCCGCGCCCUGCGGCAUGCCCCGGUGACCAAGCGCGGGGCCGAGCGGGAGGCAACCGUGGCCGAGGAGUGGGAGGAAGAGGCUGUCUGUGUCAUUAUGUGUGCCUCGGUCAAGUACAAUAUCCGGGGUCCUGCCCUCAUCCCAAGAAUGAAGACCAAGCACCGAAUCUACUACGUCACCCUCUUCUCCAUCGUCCUGCUGGGCCUCAUUGCCACCGGCAUGUUUCAGUUCUGGCCCCACUCCAUCGAGUCCUCCAGUGACUGGAACGUAGAGAAGCGCAGCGUCCGCGACGUGCCCGUGGUCAGGCUGCCGGCCGAUAGUCCCAGCCCCGAGCGCGGCGAUCUCAGCUGCAGGAUGCACACGUGUUUUGAUGUCUACCGCUGUGGCUUCAACCCGAAGAACAAAAUCAAGGUGUAUAUCUACUCUCUGAAAAAGUACGUGGAUGAUGCUGGUGUCCCCGUCAGCAACACCAUCUCCCGGGAGUAUAACGAACUGCUCACGGCCAUCUCAGACAGCGACUACUACACGGAUGACAUCAGCCGGGCCUGCCUGUUUGUCCCGUCCAUCGACGUCCUUAACCAGAACACGCUCCGCACUGAGGAGACCGCACAGGCACUGGCCCAGCUCUCUAGGUGGGAUCGAGGUACAAACCACCUGCUGUUCAACAUGUUGCCUGGAGGUCCCCCAGAUUAUAACACGGCUCUGGAUGUCCCCAGAGACAGGGCUCUAUUGGCUGGUGGUGGCUUUUCUACGUGGACUUACCGGCAAGGCUAUGAUGUCAGCAUUCCUGUCUACAGUCCACUGUCAGUGGAGGUGGACCUUCCGGAGAAAGGACCAGGGCCCCGGCGGUACUUCCUCCUGUCCUCUCAGAUGGCUCUCCACCCCGAGUACAGAGAAGACCUGGAAGCCCUGCAGGCCAGACACGGGGAGUCGGUGUUAGUACUGGAUAAAUGCACCAACCUCUCAGAGGGUGUCCUCUGGGUGCGUAAGCGCUGCCGCGAGCACCAGGUCUACGAUUACCCCCAGGUGCUGCAGGAGGCCACGUUCUGUGUGGUCCUUCGUGGUGCUCGGCUGGGCCAGGCGGUACUAAGUGACGUUUUACGUGCCGGUUGUGUCCCAGUUGUCAUUGCAGACUCCUAUAUUUUGCCUUUCUCUGAAGUUCUGGACUGGAAGAGAGCAUCUGUGGUUGUGCCGGAAGAAAAGAUACCCGAUGUGUACGGUAUUUUGCAGAGCAUCCCCCAAAGACAGAUUGAAGAAAUGCAGCGGCAGGCACGGUGGUUCUGGGAAGCGUACUUUCAAUCAAUUAAAGCCAUUGCCAUGGCCACUCUGCAGAUUAUCAAUGACCGCAUCUAUCCAUAUGCUGCCCUCUCCUAUGAAGAAUGGAAUGACCCUCCCACUGUGAAAUGGAGCAGCGUGAGCAACCCCCUCUUCCUCCCGCUGAUCCCACCGCAGUCACAAGGUUUCACUGCCAUCGUCCUCACCUACGACCGAGUGGAGAGCCUCUUCCGGGUCAUCACUGAGGUGUCCAAGGUGCCCAGUCUAUCCAAGCUGCUAGUUGUCUGGAAUAAUCAGAAUAAAAAUCCUCCAGAAGAUUCCGUCUGGCCCAAGAUCCGGGUUCCAUUAAAAGUUGUGAGGACUGCUGAAAACAAGCUGAGUAACCGUUUCUUCCCGUAUGAUGAAAUUGAGACGGAGGCUGUCCUGGCCAUCGAUGACGAUAUCAUCAUGCUGACCUCUGACGAGCUGCAGUUUGGUUAUGAGGUCUGGCGGGAGUUUCCUGACCGCUUGGUGGGUUACCCGGGUCGUCUGCACCUCUGGGACCACGAGAUGAAUAAGUGGAAGUAUGAGUCUGAGUGGACCAAUGAGGUGUCCAUGGUGCUCACGGGGGCAGCUUUUUAUCACAAGUAUUUUAAUUACCUAUAUACCUACAAAAUGCCUGGGGAUAUCAAGAACUGGGUGGAUGCUCAUAUGAACUGUGAAGACAUUGCCAUGAAUUUCCUGGUGGCUAACGUCACGGGGAAAGCCGUCAUCAAGGUAACACCACGAAAGAAAUUCAAGUGUCCUGAGUGCACAGCCAUUGAUGGGCUUUCGCUUGACCAGACGCACAUGGUGGAGAGGUCUGAGUGCAUCAACAAGUUUGCUUCCGUCUUUGGGACGAUGCCUCUAAAGGUGGUGGAACACCGAGCUGACCCUGUCCUGUACAAAGACGACUUUCCUGAGAAACUGAAGAGCUUCCCCAACAUCGGCAGCUUAUGAAACAGGCCACUGGCGGAGGUCUGAAUGUUAAGCUGGGACAGAGGAGAAUACGGCCUCCCCGGCACUCUGAUAUCAGGGUGUGGGGGAUCUUUGAUUGACAGGCUGGACCGGGACACCUAACCUGUUUCCUCAAGAACCGGAACCUAAAGAAAGUGUCUAAGCACCUUGAGUGGUGUGUGCCCUGUUCUAGUGUUUCUUAUGACCUCCAAUGGGUUCUUGUUGAAAAUGCCAAAUGGAAGCCUUUGUGGCAUGCUCUGGGUUGAAAUCCAGCUCAGGCUCCCUUUGUUUGCAGUUCCAAUAAAACAGUCUGGGAGGAAACGUCACUGACCCUAAGACUGCGGAGAAGACAAACCUACUGGCCAUAUUAGAUCUGGGGAAUCAUGUAGAUCACGCCCAUAUCUCACCUUUAGCUAUUUCAGAUCAGUGAGGCUUUUUAGGCGGAAAAGCCAAACCAAGAACUUGAUGCAAAAUCCCAACAUCUUCGUGGGAUUUGACCUCUGCCCUGGGACCGGGGGCACUGGGCCCACGCAUAGGCAGAGCACCAAGUGCUGAACUGGGAUCCUGUAAGUUCCAUGAACCAUUCCUCUUUGGUUUGGCUUGUUGAUAUGAUUAAAAUAAUUUUUUAUUCCUUUUUAUACUAUGUUUGAAAUGCUGAUUAUUGGUAAUCCAAGGAACGUUCUUUUUUUUUUGUGUAGUUAACUCCAUCUUCUGGUUAACUUCAGUCUACCAUCCAUGUCUAGGAGGAUACAUAGCCAGGAGGAAUAUCCGAGGCCAUGUGCAUCAAGUAGAAGAUCCCCAAACUAUAAACAUUCUGAGAGAAGAUUCCUCCAAAGGAAUCUGUUUGCUUCUUGAUUAGAUCCAGUCCAUUUCCCUGAGUAUUCUCAGGGAAAACAGAGACCUUCUAAAGCCAUACCCUGAGAUGCUCUAACUGGUGCCAUGCUGUAAAUGUUGAGGGAGUUGUGAUCCCCCACCCCAAGGGGAUGCCAGAAUUUCCCUCAUUCUUUUGGCGUAAACUGAAUGUUAGCCAGGGAGGUUCUGGCUAAUGUUAAAUGCUACUCUAACAACUGCUUUACAACAGUUGCCGGUAUAUUUAAAUCAUUAAAUUUCAGCAUUUAGUAAUAUUGCACAUGUGUGAAGUAUACCUCUUUAAGCCCCGUUGAUGAACAAAUCUACUCUGGCAAAUGUUAGAUGUUAUGGAUUCGAAACAGAUUUAUCUGGCUCUAAUAUUAAGAUUAGCCACAGUUUGGGCUUUAGCCAUAACAUAUGUCCCCAGAACACAAAAUACAUAACAAUUUGCCUGGAAUAUGGUUAUAAUUACUGAAACCUAGCUGUGUACCAGUUGAAGUCACUCAUACACCACCCAUUGUUCUCUUGAGUGACACGAAGGUGAAUAGUUACAAAACUAUAGUUUUUAAACUUGUAGUUUUAACAAGAGUCACUUCAGCUGUGUUCCCAUAGACUUUGAGAGGUCAAAGAAAACUUCAAGAAGUAGCAGAAUUGACAGCGGGAAUCGCGAGAGUUUCAUCUUCUCUCGCAAUGAGGAGCGAGAGCACUAGACUGUUCCUGGUGGAAGGGACGAGAUGCCGCCUCCUCCUGUACGUUCAUGUUGCAGGUGCAGACACGGAAGCUGUGAUUUGUCCAGCGUGCUGCCUUCAAACACUGGUGCCUAAGAAAUACUGUGGAUUUGAA